AUGGCUUCCAAGUUUUUGCAGUACUUUGCAGUUGUAUUUCUCAUCGGUGCUGCUCAAGCAGGCAUUAUUUCAGUACAGGAGCAGCAUGGAGUGCCUUUCGAGCAUCAGCAGCACCAACAGCACCAUGAUGCAGCAGUUCUAUAUCAUGCACCUGCACAGGUGGCACACAUUGCACACUCGCCUGCCGCUCAUGCCGUUCACUUGCAAGCUGCUCACGAACAGUAUCCCGAUGAUCCUCAUCCUCAAUACAAUUUCGCUUAUGAUGUGCAGGAUGCCGUUUCUGGUGAUUCCAAAAGCCAGUCCGAGAGUCGUGACGGCGAUGUAGUUCAUGGUGAAUACUCCUUGAACGAUGCUGAUGGUUAUCGUCGCACAGUUAAAUAUACUGCCGAUUCGGUCAAUGGUUUCAAUGCUGUGGUAGAGCGUGAACCCCUCACCCACAAAGUAGUCGCUGCUGCACCCGUGCACUAUCAGCACUCCCCCGCCGCUGCUCAAGCAUAUGCCGCGGUGCCAGUUCAACACCAAGCCGUUCAUACGAGCUACGAAGCUCCUCAUCAAGAAGAGCAGCAAUACUUCCAUCACUAAUUGACUGAA